CUCGCUCGCUCAUCAUUCAGUUUUCUGCAAGCGAGAAGAACGGUAGUGAAUCAUCGGAGCUCCUGUUAACGUGCAUUUUUCUCUUUGCUGCUGUGACAAAGAAUUGCAAUUUUUGUGUACUGCUAGUAAAAAAGCGAUUUUAUUGGACGGUUGAAUCUUUUUCGCGGUAUUAAAUACAACGUUAAGGAUGCAGAUCUUCGUGAAGACAUUAACUGGCAAAACCAUCACCUUGGAGGUCGAGCCCUCUGACACCAUCGAAAAUGUGAAGGCCAAAAUCCAGGACAAGGAGGGAAUCCCCCCAGAUCAACAGCGUCUCAUCUUUGCUGGCAAGCAGCUCGAAGACGGCCGCACUCUUUCGGAUUACAAUAUCCAAAAAGAAUCUACCCUUCAUCUGGUUCUGCGUCUGCGUGGUGGUAUGCAGAUCUUCGUCAAAACUUUGACUGGCAAGACUAUCACCCUGGAAGUCGAGCCUUCUGACACCAUCGAGAACGUUAAAGCUAAGAUCCAAGAUAAGGAAGGAAUCCCUCCAGAUCAGCAGCGUUUGAUUUUUGCGGGUAAGCAGCUUGAGGACGGUCGCACUCUGUCGGAUUACAAUAUCCAGAAGGAAUCGACACUUCAUUUGGUUCUGCGUCUGCGUGGUGGUAUGCAAAUCUUCGUCAAAACAUUGACUGGCAAGACCAUCACUCUAGAAGUUGAGCCUUCCGACACCAUCGAGAACGUUAAAGCCAAGAUCCAAGAUAAGGAAGGAAUCCCUCCAGAUCAGCAGCGUUUGAUUUUUGCGGGUAAGCAGCUUGAGGACGGUCGCACUCUGUCGGAUUACAAUAUCCAGAAGGAAUCAACUCUUCACCUGGUCCUUCGUCUGCGCGGUGGAAUGCAGAUCUUCGUCAAGACCUUGACGGGUAAGACCAUCACCCUGGAAGUCGAGCCAUCUGAUACCAUCGAGAACGUUAAGGCCAAGAUCCAAGACAAGGAAGGUAUCCCUCCAGAUCAGCAGCGUUUAAUUUUUGCUGGUAAGCAGCUUGAAGAUGGUCGUACUUUGUCGGACUAUAACAUCCAGAAGGAAUCCACUCUUCACCUGGUCCUUCGUCUUCGUGGUGGCAUGCAAAUCUUCGUCAAGACAUUGACUGGCAAAACCAUAACCUUGGAGGUAGAGCCUUCCGACACCAUCGAGAACGUUAAAGCCAAGAUCCAAGAUAAGGAAGGAAUCCCUCCAGAUCAGCAGCGUUUGAUUUUUGCGGGUAAGCAGCUUGAGGACGGUCGCACUCUGUCGGAUUACAAUAUCCAGAAGGAAUCGACACUUCAUUUGGUUCUGCGUCUGCGUGGUGGUAUGCAAAUCUUCGUCAAGACAUUGACUGGCAAGACCAUCACUCUAGAAGUUGAGCCUUCCGACACCAUCGAGAACGUUAAAGCCAAGAUCCAAGAUAAGGAAGGAAUCCCUCCAGAUCAGCAGCGUUUGAUUUUUGCGGGUAAGCAGCUUGAGGACGGUCGCACUCUGUCGGAUUACAAUAUCCAGAAGGAAUCAACUCUUCACCUGGUUCUUCGUCUGCGCGGUGGAAUGCAGAUCUUCGUCAAGACUUUGACGGGUAAGACCAUCACCCUGGAAGUCGAGCCAUCUGAUACCAUCGAGAACGUUAAGGCCAAGAUCCAAGACAAGGAAGGUAUCCCUCCAGACCAGCAACGUUUGAUUUUCGCUGGCAAGCAGCUGGAAGACGGCCGCACUUUGUCGGAUUACAACAUCCAGAAGGAAUCUACCCUUCAUCUGGUUUUGCGUCUGCGUGGUGGAAUGCAGAUCUUUGUCAAGACCUUAACCGGUAAGACCAUAACCUUGGAGGUAGAGCCUUCCGACACCAUCGAGAACGUUAAAGCCAAGAUCCAGGACAAGGAAGGAAUUCCUCCAGAUCAACAGCGUUUAAUUUUUGCUGGUAAGCAGCUUGAGGACGGCCGCACUUUGUCCGACUAUAACAUCCAGAAGGAAUCGACUCUUCACCUGGUUCUGCGUCUUCGUGGUGGCAUGCAAAUCUUCGUCAAGACAUUGACUGGCAAAACCAUCACCCUGGAAGUCGAGCCAUCGGAUACCAUCGAGAACGUUAAGGCCAAGAUCCAGGACAAGGAAGGAAUCCCUCCAGACCAGCAGCGUUUGAUUUUUGCUGGUAAGCAGCUUGAAGACGGUCGUACUCUGUCAGAUUAUAACAUCCAGAAGGAGUCUACUCUUCAUCUGGUUCUACGUCUUCGCGGUGGUAUGCAAAUCUUCGUCAAAACAUUGACUGGCAAGACUAUCACCCUGGAAGUAGAGCCUUCUGAUACCAUCGAGAAUGUUAAGGCCAAGAUCCAAGACAAGGAAGGUAUCCCUCCAGACCAGCAACGUUUGAUUUUCGCUGGCAAGCAGCUCGAGGACGGCCGUACCUUGUCGGAUUACAACAUCCAGAAGGAAUCUACCCUUCAUCUGGUUUUGCGUCUGCGUGGUGGAAUGCAGAUCUUUGUCAAGACCUUAACCGGUAAGACCAUAACCUUGGAGGUAGAGCCUUCCGACACCAUCGAGAACGUUAAAGCCAAGAUCCAGGACAAGGAAGGAAUUCCUCCAGACCAGCAACGUUUGAUUUUCGCUGGUAAGCAGCUCGAAGAUGGCCGCACUUUGUCGGAUUACAACAUCCAGAAGGAAUCUACCCUUCAUCUGGUUUUGCGUCUGCGUGGUGGAAUGCAAAUCUUCGUCAAAACCUUGACUGGCAAGACCAUAACCUUGGAGGUAGAGCCUUCCGACACCAUCGAGAACGUUAAAGCCAAGAUCCAGGACAAGGAAGGAAUCCCUCCAGACCAGCAACGUUUGAUUUUUGCUGGUAAGCAGCUUGAGGACGGCCGUACUUUGUCGGACUACAACAUCCAGAAGGAAUCUACUCUUCACCUGGUUCUUCGUCUUCGCGGUGGAAACUGAAUCAAACUGUUCGCAUUGUAGGUGUAGAUUUGAGAUAGAUGCUGCUUUCCUGAUGUAAAAGCUUUGUUUAAUUUGGAAAAUAUAUUUUACCUGCUGAAUAUUCAUAUAACAUCCAAUCGCUGCACUUCGUUUCGUAACGUCACGUUAGUAAUUGAAUAAGAUUCGCGUUUUUAAAUAUCUCAGGAAAGCAGCUUCAAUCUCGUGUCCAAAUUGCUUUUCUCGUAGUGUGACUCAAUAUCAGACAGCGUUCUGAGUAUCUAACAUUUCGCAAUUGAAACGGCUUACAAACAUCUAAACGCAUUGAAAUUUCAAAUAAAGAAAAUCAAAGUAAAAUGUAA